AUGGAGUCAGCGACGAUGAAGAGGAACGAGAAGCCGAUCCUAGGCUUGUCAGGGUUCGCGUUGAAGAAGAAAGCGCCACGUGUCCAGAUUUUCAGAUCCGGUGGCCGUGCGCUCUUUCUUGCAAAGGCGACUCAACCAGCAGCAGCGGCGGCGCCGGAAACAGCAGAGGCUGCGUUGAGUCACGGGAAGCCGCUACCCCUGGCGGGAUUGGCGCAUCCCACCCUGCGGUCGGCGCAGAGCAGAUUCGCGCGCGCGCUCGCCGUGGCUAUGGAGGUGGCUGCCUUGCAGCAACGGGUGGCUCAUCUUGGGAAGAAGGUUCAAGCAGGAGUAGAUGCAGUGGAGGUUUCCGUUGGUCGCCGGAAAUCAUCUCGAUUGGGGCCCACUCGAGCAUCUUCCUCUAGCUCCCCGCAGUCCCCGACGCCGUCCGCUUCAGAAGCGCAGGAUCAGCAGGAACCAAAGAAAUCGCAGCGGCUGCAGCAGCAGAAGCCAGAUGUGAUUGAAGGCCAAGGUGCUAUUAGCGAGGGUGUUGACACAGAAGCACGGCCAGAGUCGGAAGAAGCCGCCCAUUUCAGCUGGCCCACUGUGCUGGCUUGUCUCUUUGUGGCUGGGUUCGCCUUGGGGCCGCCUCUGGACGGCAUUCACUCCGUUGUGGGCCUUCAGGUGUACGACGUGAAUGGAGGCCUCAUCCUGGGAGGCCCAGACGGCCUGUACACGAGCGUGUGGGUCUUCCCUCUGCUGGGAGCCAUGUACGCCGUUGUUGGCGGCCUGCAGCUACUCAUCGACCAAUCCGCCUUCAAAUCCUCUCAUACUGCUGCCUCUCCUCGGGAAGAGCUGCAGCCAGCAUCGGUUUCUUCCACCUCCCCUUCCUCUUCCUCCUCCUCUUCCACCUCCUCUUCUUCCGCAUCCUCCUCGUGGUUCUCCCUUGCCUCCUCCCCUCCAAGAGGCUCCUGGUUGCGCUUGCUCAGCUGCAUGGGCGUGCUCAUCAGCCUCCUCCACUUCAGCUCGCAGCUCUUUGAGGCUCAUGCCAUCCCCUCUACAGGCAUUUUCGUUAUCCUCGCACUGUGCGCCCAUGCCAACUGGUUCGCCUUUGAUCGCACCCUCCCUGGGUACCUCCUCGCUCUAUUUGUCGCCAUUGGUGCCCCCGCCUCAGAAGUGCUUAUAAUGAAAUACUGGGGGCUCUGGCACUACACUGAACCAGACAUCUACAUUGCAGGAGAGGGCCUGGUCUCAUGGACUGCCUGGUGCUACUUUUUCUACACCCAAUGGGUGGCCACUGUGGCUCGCACCUUCGCUGCCUCACUGACCCCCAAUAGCCCUGCACUGGACGAGCUAAAAUGGUAG